AUGCACUGGGGGCGGGGAAACGGCGCACUUCCUGCGCCGCGCGCAUUAUUCGCGCCCACCGCUUCCCCACUUUGGGCCGACGACGCCAGCAUGUGCGGGCUCGUGAGCGACCGCGCUCUGCGCUGCCUGCAGGCUUUCUUCCCGGACCCCUGCCCCAGCUUCUUCCGGCCCAAGGCCUGGCAUUCGGAUUUGGAGCCGCAGAAUACCUCGGGCGUCAGGCCUUCGCCGCGGGGCCCGGAGGGCACGUUCCUCCAGGAUCGCCACGACGCGAGCAGCAAUGGGAACCCGCGCCUGCCUCACCUCUCCUCCGCCGGGCAGCAUCUCUACAGCCCCGCGCCGCCCCUCUCCCAUGCUGGAGUCGUUGAAUACCAGCCACCACCCUACUUUCCGCCUCCCUACCAGCAGCUGGCUUACUCGCAGGCAGCCGACCCCUACUCGCAUCUGGGAGAAGCGUACGCCGCCGCCAUCAACCCCCUGCACCAGCCGGCGCCCACCGGCAGCCAGCAGCAGGCCUGGCCGGGCCGCCAGAGCCAGGAGGGGGCUGGGCUGCCCUCGCACCACGCGCGCCCGGCCGGCUUGUUGCCCCACCUCUCCGGGCUGGACGGCGACGCCAUGAGCGCCCGCAGGGACGCCUACCGCCGCUCGGACCUGCUGCUGCCCCACUCGCACGCUCUGGACGCCGCGGGCCUGGCCGAGAACCUGGGGCUCCACGACAUGGCGCACCAGAUGGAGGAGGUGCAGAAUGUCGACGACCAGCACCUACUUCUGCAUGAUCAGACGGUCAUUCGCAAAGGUCCUAUUUCAAUGACGAAGAACCCCUUGAGUCUCCCUUGUCAGAAGGAGCUGGUGGAGGCUGUGAUGAAUCCCAGCGAGGUCUUCUGCUCGGUCCCUGGAAGAUUGUCCCUCCUCAGCUCUACAUCUAAAUACAAAGUGACAGUUGCCGAAGUCCAGAGGCGACUGUCCCCGCCUGAGUGCUUAAAUGCUUCGUUACUGGGAGCUGUCCUCAGAAGAGCCAAAUCUAAAAAUGGUGGCCGAUCCUUGCGGGAGAAGUUGGACAAGAUUGGGUUGAAUCUUCCAGCGGGGAGACGGAAAGCUGCCCACGUCACCCUCCUGACAUCUUUAGUAGAAGGUGAGGCUGUUCAUUUGGCUCGGGACUUUGCCUUUGUCUGUGAAGCAGAAUUUCCUAGUAAAUCCGUGGCCGAGUAUUUAACCAGACCUCAUCUCGGAGGACGCAGUGAGAUGGCAACUAGGAAGAAUAUGCUGCUGGCUGCAUACCUGAUUACCCACGGGGUUGGCAGCCAGGCCAUCUGUGCUGCUGUGUCUGCCAUGCAGAACUACAUAAAAGAAGCCCUGAUGGUCAUAGACAAAUCCUACAUGAACCCCGGAGACCAGAGUCCCGCCGAUUCUAGCAAAACCCUGGAAAAGAUGGAGAAGCACAGGAAGUAA